AUGAAUGAUUCUAUGGGAUCUCUGUCAACUAAUGAUUCUUUAGAAGGACAGGAAAGAAAAAAAAAGAAAAAUAAUGUAUUUUUUAAAAAAACAACUCGUCUAAUAAAUAUUAGUUAUAAAGAAGUUGUUCAAUUGCUGAAUCCAUAAAAUUUGUUUAUUAACAAAAAUUUAGAAGAAUCAUUCAAUGUCAUUCAAAUGUAUCAUUUAACUUAUCUCUAUAGAAUUCAUUAACCUUCAUAUUUUCCUCACUUUAAAUUUAUAUAUGAUGAAAAUUUAGUUUGCUCAGAAAUUAAAUGGGACCGUUUGCCCACACUGGUCAAAUUAGCAUCAUGA